CGCCGCCGGUUUUCUCCUCGCACGCAACGCAAGUCGUCGCCUCCGCCCCGCCCCGCAGCCGUGCCAUCGCGCGCAAACCCCGGCGACCAAACCCUCGCCGCCGUCACCUCAUCUCCCCCACUCCCACCAGGCGCGCCGGCGGCGAUGGACAUCCGCCGCCCGCCGCCGCGCUCCUCGUCGGGCGGGGUGGAGCCGCGGUUCCGCCAGGUGGGCUUCGUCACCUCCGCCGAGCCCGGGCCCGCCGCCGCCCCGGUCCCCGCGGCGCCCGCGGCGGCGUCGCCGACGGCCUCCGACGGGCUCUCCCCCGUCAUGAUCCCGCCCCCGCUCAUCCCCGACCACCUACCCGUCCCCGUCCCCGCGUCCGAGUCCCUCAUGCCGUCCUCCCCGCCCCCGCCCUCGUCGUCCCGCAUCGACGCCGUCUCCGACCUUGACGACGACGAUUUGAUUUCAAGAAUUACUAGUGCGCAUGAAUUGAAUAAUUUUCUUCUGUUAUUUGUUUCAGAACCAAACAAGAGAGACCUCAUUGAAACAAAGAAUGAAGGCGAUCCUACUUCAGUUCCACAGAAACCAAAGCUCUCUAAAGCAGAGAGACGUGCUAUCCAGGAAGCUCAGCGUGCCGCCAAAGCUGCUGCAAAGGAGGCAGGUUUAAAAUCAACAGCCAAGGAGUCAGAUGUGAACACCAAAAUAUCAAAGCAACCUAAGGCAGGAAAGGCAUCUCUAAAGAAAGACGUGACCCAAGUUAACCCUCCAGUUGCUUCUGAUAAAAAGACGGAUGAAUGCCCACCUGACAAAGAUAGAAAAAAAGAUCUUCCUCAACCCCGUAUGCAAUUUGAUGAUGUACACCGGGUGGUAAAAGCAAAAAAGCGUUCAGUUGUGAACCAAUCAGAAGCUCAAAACAGAGUUGAACUGUUCAGACAUCUGCCUCAAUAUGCACAUGGCACUCAGCUUCCUGACCUUGAGUCCAAAUUUUUUCAACCUGAUCUAAUGCAUCCUUCUGUGUAUAAGGUUGGUCUUCAAUAUUUGUCUGGUGACAUAUCUGGUGGCAACGCUCGUUGCAUAGCAAUGCUUCUUGCAUUCAGAGAGGCAAUAAAUGAUUACUCCACGCCUGCAGAAAAAAUUCUCAGUAGAGAUCUUACUGCUAAAAUCAGUAGCUACGUGUCAUUUCUCAUUGAGUGCAGGCCUCUUUCAAUCAGCAUGGGUAAUGCUAUUAGAUUUUUGAAGAACAGGAUUACCAAGCUACCACUUGCAUUGUCAGAGUCAGAAGCUAAAGCUAGUCUUCAAUCUGACAUCGAUCGCUUUAUAAGUGAGAAGAUAAUAGUUGCAGGCAAGGUCAUUGUUAGUCAUGCUGUCACAAAAAUCAGAGAUGAUGAUGUGCUAUUGACAUAUGGGUCACCCUCUGUCGUCGAAAUGAUUUUUGACCAUGCUCAUGAACUUGGAAAGAAAUUUCGUGUUGUGGUGGUAGAUUCUCGUCCAAACCUUGAGGGACAAGGAUUAUUGCGCAGAUUAGUUGCCAAGGGUAUUAGCUGCACAUACACACACAUAAAUGCUGUAUCAUACAUCAUGCAUGAGGCUACAAGAGUGUUUUUGGGCGCCUCUUCAGUAUUAUCAAAUGGUACUGUCUACUCCAGAGUCGGGACAGCUUCUGUAGCUAUGGUUGCACAUGCUUUUGGAGUUCCUGUUCUAAUGUGUUGUGAGGCAUACAAGUUUCAUGAGAGGGUUCAACUUGAUUCUAUAUGCUUCAAUGAACUUGGUGACCCAGAUGCUAUUUCAAGAGUUCCCAGGGGUGAAAGUUUGAGUAAUCUCAAAAACUGGGCUGAGAACGAAAAUCUUCAUAUUCUGAAUCUUAAGUAUGACAUCACCCCUUCUGAUUAUGUUUCAAUGCUCAUAACAGAUUAUGGAAUGCUCCCACCUACUAGUGUACCAGUCAUUGUACGAGAGUACCGCAGGGAGCACGUAUGGAUAUAGAAGCCACUGUUUUCUUUUCUUCUUUAAUUCAAGGUAUGAUAAUUUAAGCAGGUUUUGCUGCCUUAGUGGGAAUAGUAGGGUGGUGGUGUGAGCAUAUGUUUAUAUUUCAUAGCAAACAUCAAGUGGUUUGUUCUCUCCUGUAAAUCCUUUAUAUGUUGAGUUAAAGUAAUCCAUUUUUUGCAUUCGCCAUUGGUAAUGGGAACAUAAACUAUUACUCUGUCCAACAUAAUCGAAGUUUGAUACUAUUCUCUUAUUA